GAAGACAGAACAACAUCCGCAACUCACAACCAUCCCCACGCCUGCACACGCGACAAGAGCCGGAGUCGAGUCCUCUCUUUCGCCUUCCCAACAAUAAGCGCGCUGGUCGUCACGGCUACAGGCAGGUUGCCAUCCACGGACCUCGACGGUUCAUUCUAAAAACUUGCUCCGGUUUCCUCUGCCUCCCUUCUGAUAUCAGCACUAUACAAAGACCUCUCCACAGCUACACGACUCUCGCAGCCCUCUUCUCGCUCACAUCCUCCUCCCCAUUCUCCCAAAAUGUCUACCACAGCGGAAUCCACUACAAUGGCUGCCACCACCACACGCUCAACCACACCUCCUGCUGAGAAGCCAGCUGAGAAGGAGCGUGCCCAAGCAAAGGCGUCAUCCACCUCUACGAAGAAGCAUUCACACGCAUCCUCUCACUCUGCACCUCGCAAGGUCCGCUUCAAUGUUGGAACCCAAUAUCAAGUACUGGAUGUGGUUGGAGAGGGCGCAUACGGUAUCGUAUGCUCUGCUGUCCACCGCCCAACUGGCCGCAAGGUUGCUAUCAAGAAGAUCGCCCCUUUUGAUCACUCCAUGUUCUGCCUCCGAACGCUCCGCGAGCUUAAGUUGCUGAAGUUCCUGUCUGAGUCUGGCGUGUCAGAGAAUAUCAUCUCCAUCCUCGAUAUCAUCAAACCGUCAUCGAUUGAGUCUUUCAAAGAGGUUUACCUCAUUCAGGAGCUCAUGGAGACGGACAUGCAUCGUGUGAUCCGAACUCAGGAUCUUUCGGAUGACCAUGCACAGUACUUCAUCUAUCAAACCCUUCGUGCUCUCAAGGCUCUCCACUCUGCGGACGUGAUUCACCGUGAUCUCAAGCCCAGCAAUCUUCUGUUGAACUCUAAUUGCGAUCUGAAGGUGUGCGACUUCGGUCUCGCGCGCAGCGUCCGUACCGCUGAACCCUCGGGCACCGAGACCGGCUUCAUGACCGAAUACGUUGCCACCCGAUGGUAUCGCGCACCUGAAAUCAUGCUUACCUUCAAGCAAUAUACCAAGGCGAUUGACAUCUGGUCGGUUGGCUGCAUUCUCGCGGAGAUGCUAUCCGGGAAGCCACUCUUCCCUGGUCGUGACUAUCACCAUCAGCUCAGCCUCAUCCUUGAUGUCCUGGGUACGCCCACCAUCGAGGAAUUUUACAAUAUAAGCACUCGGCGGUCACGGGAUUAUCUUCGUGCUCUUCCCUUCCGGAAGAAGAAGUCGUUUGCUAGCUUGUUCCCCAACGCGAGCCCAUUGGCUGUUGACUUCCUCACCCGCACCCUCACCUUCGACCCGAAGAAGCGGAUGACAGUGGAGGCAGCCUUAGCCCAUCCGUAUCUAGAGGCUUACCAUGAUCCCGACGACGAGCCCGUCGCCCCCCCUUUGGAGCCUGAAUUUUUCGAAUUCGAUUUGCACAAGGAUGAUAUCAGUCGUGAAGAGCUGAAGAAGAUGUUGUACGACGAGAUCCUAUCCUUUAAUCCAACAAUUGGCACACUCUAGACGCGUAUGUUCUUAUCAUCUCUUUCUGUUGCACAUGUACAAGGUCGUCCCAUCCUGAACUAUCAGAGCUUGGCUGUUGUAUAUACCACUCGCUCGUUGGCUGGUCGUGUAUUAUUAUUAGAAUUCAAGGACUUGCUUCUUGGGUCCUGCAGCAAUGGUGCCGUGUCUGAGAUCCUCAUUAGAGUCCUAAAAUCGUAAGAUACAUGUGACAGAGGGAGAUCAACAGCAGUAGUCACAGCACUGUGCACAUUCACAACAGAACAAGCAAGCACACAGGAUGGCCAGGCAAUCACAAGCCCCACAGCAAUCGUCGCAGGCCCCUCUCCGACGAGGGUAACUGUGAUGGGGGUAACCCGGAAGGUGCUGCUGCGGAGAAGCCAUAUACAUGACCUGGGGAGCUGGUUGAGCAUACACUGGCGGUCUAUAGUAACCGGAAUGUUGGUGAUACAGGGGCGCAGGAU